GUCUGACGCUAUCACUAUCCGUACUAGAAAGGUUAUCUCCAACCCAUUGUUGGCUAGAAAGCAAUUUGUUGUUGAAGUUUUGCACCCAAACAAGGCUAAUGUUUCUAAAGAUGAAUUGCGUGAAAAAUUAGCUGAAGUUUACAAGGCUGAAAAAGACGCUGUUUCUGUUUUUGGUUUCAGAACUCAAUAUGGUGGUGGUAAAUCUACUGGUUUUGGUUUAGUUUACAACUCUCCAGCUGAUGCCAAGAAAUUUGAACCAGCUUACAGAUUAGUUAGAUACGGUUUAGCUGAAAAGACUGAAAAACCUUCCAGACAACAAAGAAAACAAAGAAAGAACAGAGAUAAGAAGGUCUUUGGUACUGGUAAGAGUUUGGCUAAGAAGGUUGCUCGUCGUAACGCUGAUUAG